GUCUGUUUUUUGGAUAAUACACUGUUGGUCCUGUUGUACCUUGUCAUCCUCGUUUCAUCCAUUCGCCGACAUGCCUAAAGGAUUCCUGGUGAAAAGAAAUAAGAAAGUAGCGCUUGUCUCGUACCGGAUUCGCUCGGAUGAGGAUGGAGGAUCAGCUCCAGAAUGUCAGAUAGCUCAGUUCGAUUCAUCCCCACCCGUGCCCAGCGCCUCAAAGCCGGACAGCAUCAUCUCAGCAUCCCGUUUAGAUGGAACAGACGCGCUGGUGCCGGUUCACAGCGCAAAGCCGGUUCAGUUCGGAAACCCAGAGGCGGUCUACCAAGCUCUGCACAGCCCCACCCGGCCAAUUAGCAAGGAACACAACAUGAAAUAUUUCGAGAGAACUUUCAAUAUCGGUUCGCCCGUAUCCGCCGAAUCGUUUCCGACUGCUGCCUCCCUCACCAGCCUGGACCAUAAUCUUCUGUUCGCUCCGGUUGACUUGAAGAUCGGCACCAGCAACAGUAACCGGAGCGGAAUUGUCAGCGGUGCGCACGCCCCGUCCAUCCGAACAGGCACCAAAAGACCUUCGACUUCCGUCACCGAGCGUAAAAGCAGAAACAACCUAGCGAAGAAACCCAAAGCCAUACAGAAACUCAGUUUCGAGGAUGAGGUGACUACGUCACCAGUGCUGGGCCUGAAAAUCAAAGAGGGACCCGUGGACUCGAAACCAAGACCGGCCACAUCCAACACUAACAAACCACUGGGAGAGUUCAUCUGUCAGCUUUGCAAAGAAGAGUACUCAGACCCGUUUUCUCUAGCACAGCAUAAGUGCUCUCGGAUAGUACGGGUGGAGUACAGGUGUCCCGAGUGCGACAAGGUCUUCAGCUGUCCUGCCAACCUGGCUUCUCACCGGCGAUGGCACAAACCACGCGUCCAGAGCGCACCGAAAGCACCCAUCCAACCCGCCAAACUGUUGGCAGAAGAUCUCAAAGACAUGAGAACAGAGUUCUCCAGCGACAGAGACUCGUCGAGUCCAGGUGUAUCCGAAUCUGGCUCCGAUGACGGUCUUUACGACUGCCAGAACUGCGGGAAGCGGUUCAAACGCCAAGCCUAUUUGAGGAAACACAUAAUGGGACACCAAGCGCUCCAGAAUCAAAUAAUCGGAGACACGUUUCAUAACGGAGAGAGAGUAGAGAGUCCUUAUAUUGUGCCCUCAGAGGACAGCCAAAGCCAGAGUCCACUCAUUCUAAGCCCCGUGGACUGUCUCCUCUGUCCGGCUUGUGGAGAGAACCUACCCAACAUUGCGAGUCUGGAGCGACACCUUCGGAUAUUGCAUGACGAUUCCCAGGCUUUUCCCUGCAAGUUCUGCCCAGCCACUUUCUACAGCUCCCCGGGUCUCAGUAGGCACAUCAACAAAUGCCACCCCACCGAAAACAGGCAAGUCAUCCUACUCCAUAUGCCCGUGCGUAAUGCCUGCUGAAGAGAACCAAUGUAACUCCAAAAUCACACAAUCUGUCCUUUUAGAAUGAUAUAUUUUCAUCAAAUCCCUGACGCCUUUUUAUAAAGGUAUUUUUCUAGAAAACCUAGCACACAUGGUAAUGUAAUAGCUCCUAGACCUAAGACAUGUUCAUGUACCUCUGUGGAUAAAACCUUGAAUUCACAUGCUGUUCGUUUCAAGUCUGUAGCUUUAAUAUGUGAAUUACAGGACUGAAAAACAAAUCUUGAAAAGUUUCCCUUUAGUAGCCAAAAAUGCCUUUAGAAAAAUACAUCAAACUACUGCCUUAAGAACUCAGUGUAAUUAUUGUUUUUUAUUGAUUUUGAAUGUCGGCAAACAAUUACCGUACAAUUUAUUAUCAUUAUCAUCAGUAAAAUUAUUGAAAUAAGUUUAUUCUUAAUAUUUUAUGUAUUUAUUUAUUUAAUGGCUUUGUGUAAAUGAUUGUUUUCUGAGUUGUUUUGUCCUGUGUCACAUUGAAGUCGAAUCGUUUUGUCAAGAUCAUAAUGUCUUGGGUGGUCUCAAGUGUUGUGCACAAACGUGAAGCUCUUAUAGAUGCAAUCCUUUUCUAUACAUUAUUUUCCUAAAUGUUUGCUGCCUAUAGCUUUUCAUAUGUGUCUGUG